CCAUGGGGCAUUGGCAAGAUAGUGGGUAAAGCAGACAACUCGGUCAAUGCAGCUGCUCAACCUUCUAGCGCACCCAUGGUAGAUGAAGGCAAGGAUCACUUCAGCUCGAUUUUAAUGCAAACACACACCGCUUCUCCUCCCGUUCCCAGUGCUGUUCUAGACAGUGUAAAGCACCAAGCCAGCUCAUCAUCGAAUAAGCUGGUUAUAAGCUUUGGCUUUGUGUCGGCGAGCAUGGUGGGGUUGAUGGCUCUGUUGUAAUAAAAAAAAUAUGUGCGUUAAUACAAUGUUACACGAGAGUCCACUUUUUUGUAUCCAACCACACUCCGGCCUUCUGCAGAUACCCGUUCUUUUGCCUCUUUGUAAUUAUACCCACUCUCCUCUAAUGGCUGAGAUUAUCAAGGAGGGUUACCUGUCCAUUAAAGAAGACGGCCUCAGGGCAUGGAUAUGGUCCAAGCGCUUUUGUAUUUUACGAGAUCAGACCUUGACUUUUCACAGGAACGAGCAAACUGGACAAUGCGUUGCUCUUAUAUUUUUGAAGGAGAUCAAUUCUGUAACGCGUACCGAUCUCAAGCCAUUCUGUUUCGAGGUCGUCACAAAAGACAAGACAUAUUACAUCUCUUGCAAGAAUGAUGAGGAAGUGUACUCUUGGAUGGACGAAAUUUACAACCGAUCCUCACUUGGAACUUCUGGCCCAACCAACUUUGUUCACGAAGUCCACGUUGGUUUUGACCCUAUCACUGGCGCAUUUACUGGCUUGCCUGAUCAAUGGACCAAAUUGCUUAAAGGCUCAGCUAUUACAGCUGAAGAUGCCGCAAAGAAUCCACAGGCCGUUUUGGAUGUUUUGGAGUUCUACACUGAACAAACCAAGCGAGAGCAGGACGAGUAUGGUUCUUCGACUUUGCGUGGAGCGGUUGAAACUGAGGAUCGAUGGAUGGGUUUGAUGUCAGACAACCAAUCGUCCUCUAGCCAUGGAAGCCCGCUGCGAUCCGAUUCAUUCACAGCACAUAGACCUGCUCCAAAGCCUGGAAAGCAGAACGGUUACGAUGAUAGAUCCAAUGGCAGAGGUCCUGAAAGAGAUAUCAAUGAAAUGAUGGAUGAAUUGGCUGUCAAAUCCGUCCGUGCUCCUCCACAGCGACCACCUCCAUCAAGAUCACCCGGUCCACUUGAAAUACCUAGAGAACCCAAGCCUUCAACAUCUACUGGCUACUCACCUAGGGAUGUAAGCCCUACCAACAGACAGCCACCGCAAGCGCAAUACCCCCGUCCUGGAGACCGCACUCCUCCCGCUGGCAAUGGAGCACAGCCUCACCGUUUGCCAGUCAGAACCAGCAGUGUGCCAUCUCCUCGUGAUCCAUCCACUUCUGAGCGCACUGCCCAAGAUAGAGAGCAACGUGAACGCCGAGAUCGCGACAAGGAAAGAGAACGUCAGAGAGAGCGGGAACAUCGUGAUAGAGAAAAGGUCAAGGAGGCUGCUACCGCUCCUCCUCCCGCUCCUACUCCAUCCAAGAAGCAAGAGCAGCGCAUCAGCACUAUGACCGAAUCUCAAAUUAUGGAGAAGCUUCGCUCUGUCGUCAGUCCAGGUGAUCCUAACGAAAGUUUCAAGCGAAUCAAGCGUGUUGGUCAAGGAGCAUCUGGAUCAGUUUAUGUCGCUGUGGAAUUGUCCACCAACAACAAGGUCGCUAUCAAGCAGAUGGACCUUGCACUUCAACCCCGCAAGGAACUCAUUGUGAAUGAAAUUCUUGUCAUGAAGGAAUCCCAGCACCCUAACAUUGUCAACUUCCUUGACUCUUAUUUGGUCAAGCAGAGUGAAUUGUGGGUUAUCAUGGAGUUCAUGGAGGGAGGUGCAUUGACUGAUGUUAUCGACAACAACACAAUGACUGAGCAACAGAUCGCUACUGUCUGCCUUGAGACUACCCGUGGUCUCUACCAUUUGCAUUGUCAGAACAUCAUUCAUCGUGAUAUCAAGUCUGAUAACAUUUUGCUUAACGCUGCCGGUCAAGUCAAGAUCAGUGAUUUUGGUUUCUGUGCCAAGCUUACUGAUCAAAAGAACAAGCGUGCUACCAUGGUUGGCACUCCCUAUUGGAUGGCUCCAGAAGUUGUUAAGCAGAAGGAGUAUGGUGCCAAGGUUGAUAUUUGGUCUCUUGGUAUUAUGGCUAUCGAAAUGAUUGAAAAUGAGCCCCCGUACUUGGAUGAAGAACCUUUGAAGGCUCUUUACCUUAUUGCCACCAACGGCACACCUACCCUCAAGUCCCCCGAAAAGCUUUCGCGAGAACUCAAGAGUUUCUUAGCGGUUUGUCUAUGCGUUGAUGUCCGAUCAAGAGCUAACUCCACUGAGCUCCUUGAGCACGACUUCCUCAAGAAGGCUGGAUCCAUGGAUCUGCUUGCCCCAUUGGUGAAAUUCAAGAACAAGCACUAGAUGAUUUUUUAGCAGUACUUGCUAAAAUCCACUCCUCAUACAAAACCAGACGUGCAUUGAAUGCUCUUUCCUCGUUGAUGGAGGGAUGGAGAAAAUUGAAAAAAAUUAUUUUAAAACCUUCAUCGGUACACCACUUCAAAUAUUCUAUUUUGUUUCAUACUGUGCUAUUGU